UUUUGAAAAAUAGAUUUUUCACAUGUCAGCUUUAGAUUGGUGAUGCGACUUGCGCUUUAGUAUAUAAGGGAUUAAUAAAAAAAUAUACCAAUAAUAAUGUUAUAUGUUUAUAAAGUGGAAAUAAACACAUGCACGGUUGUGCGGGUCAAAAUCUAGUUAGUAUUAAUCGAAACGAUCCAAACAUAAUAACCCGAAUAGAACCUAAAGAACAACGUUCCGAAUCCAAACAGCUGCCCGAACCGGUUCUAUUACGAUUUAGUUGAAAUAAAUCUCCGGUUUGACAGAACCGUCUUUACUUCUCUCAAUCGGAAACAAUCAAAUCGUCGGGAAUGUUGCCUCUGAUGAGGGAAGGAGGAAGGAUGGCGGGAGGAUCUGAGAGAAAGACGAUACUAGUGGGUCUGGCUCUAGCUCUUGUUCUUGGCGUCGCUGUUUACUUAAGGCUGUGGACUAUCGAUUACACUCUAUCGUCUGAUGACACAGAACGCUUAAGUUUAUAUUUGGUGUGUAGGAGACAGUUUGAUUUGGCGAAUAGGGAAGCAAUGGAUGAAUCUGCAGAAUGGCGGAGAAUGUUUGACAGUGAAGCUGAGAAGGCUUCUAAAUGUAACACAGAGCUGGCACUGAUGAAAGAGUCAUCUGGGAAUGGAAACGCGUUUACUCUCAAUCAAAAGCUAGAUUCAUUACAUAAGGAAAAUGCGGCGUUGCUCGGUGAGAUAGAGACAUUAAAACAAGAGCUGGAAGCUUCAAGGUUAAAGUGCCGUUCAAGACAGGCACCCCGUUAGAUUAGUUUUCGUGAUAGACAUCCUCAGACUCCUGUCUUUAGUUUUCGCUCAUGUAUAACAGUUGUCCUAUACGAUUUGUAGGCUCUUUCUUGGAACAUGUACUAGCAAUAACUGUAAUAUACACCACCGUUUUCAUCACCUUGUAUUGAGAUAAUACAUCCUA